UUGAUACUGGAACCAACCUGUCCUUUGAAGGCGAAUUUGCUAGCCUCGCUCUAGAUUUGACAAAUGAAUCACUGUACUACAUGAACGAUGCCAUCGAAGGCUACAUUGUUAUACCACCUGAUAAAUACAGCGAUCGUGGGUUCUAUGACUUGUCCUUGACAACAUUGAACUUGGUGAGUGGACCCUUCACCGAUGUAGUCACGGUACAAGUGGAAUAUGCUAUCAAGGACCUCAUGAUGUGGGUCUCAGAGAUGUACAUUAUGCCUCAUGACUCCAUUUCAAUAGCCUUUGACAUGAAGGUAGGAUCCGACCUCACCAUGGUCAUGGAUUUUGAUGAUGGCGAUUCCAAUACCUACGAAGAAGUUGAAAUGAGGCGAAGCUGGAGUGACCAGUUCUUGGAGUGGCAUUCUUACGACGUUGCGGCUGAUUACAACGUCACGAUCCACUGUACAAGUGCUGUUAGUGAUGAGCUGGUAUGGAUAUUGAUCAAGGUCCAGAAUCCUGUGGAAAAUUUAGAGAUGACCUUCCAUUCUCCUGGAGUAAUUCCAUACCAGGAGGUUGGUACUAUCCUCUUUGAAUACGAGUACACUGGGGACCAGAGCACUCCUCCAACCGAUGCUAAUGUGGCAUAUGAAUUCACUUCCAAGAUAAAGCCAGUAGAGGACUUUCCCAUUGCGGUUUCCAAUCCAGUCCAGCAGCACAUGCCACUGGCCAAGACGGGUCCGUAUGCUGUCUACAUUAUCUCCAACCUUGUGAGCUUCAUGAUCUUUGAAGCGGACAUUGAGAUGGAGAAACCAAUCCUAGACCUGGUGCUUGUCUGCCCAAGGCCUCACAUCCGUGUAGGACAGCACGGGGAGAUCACAGCUUCCAUCAGCUGGGGUUCAAGGGUCACCUGGGAAUGGGACUUCAAGGAUGGAAGCAUCGUGGAUAUCGACAUUGGAGGAAAGCGCACACGUAAUCAUAAGUAUCGAGAACCAGGUAUCUACCCAGUUUCGGUGAUAGCAACUAAUCUCUUGGGUAGCGAAACCUAUAAUUUGAAUUCAGAUCCUGUUGUUGUCCAACACCCAGUGAAGGGAUUUGAAUGGCUUGGACGGAGACUGAACAGACUGUGGGUUGAGGACACCUAUAGCUCAGUUCCCUUUCACCUGUACCAAGCAAAGGAUUUACCUUUCCCUACUACAGCCUACUACACCAUCGACUGGGGUGACGGGUCAAUCCACGAUGAGAAAUCAUUGACUGAGAAUGGAGCUGUUGGUAGCAGGAACACAGACUCCACUAAUCACAUCUUGACCGUGGAGCAUGACUAUGACGAAUGGGGUCAGUAUAAUGUUACCCUUCGCAUAUGGAAUCUUGUUAGUGAUAAGACCCAUGUGUUCACCAUUUACAUUUACGAGACUGUCAUCCAGCUACAGAAGGAAGUCAGCUACAAUGAGUUCAUCAUUGAUGGUGACUACAUGCUUGGUAAUGACACAGAGAAUGACCAGGAAGGGUUCGGUACUCUGCAGAAUUACUUCCCUCUGGAGGAUGCAAUUGUCGUUAAGGGAACGCAUGCAUCAGGAACAGACUUGACCUACACCUGGGACUUUGGGGAUACCUUCCAUGUGCCCGAUCCAAGCACUGAAGCUCCAAGUACACAGCCUCAGACAGCAACACAGUCUGAAACAACCACUCCUUUGAUGACCACCACCACCGAAGAGCCUCUAAAUUGUACUUUCAUUGUUGAAGAUUGGGUGCAGUCAGUGUUGGAUCGUUUGGAUACAAGGGAUGAUGAUCUUCUGGCCUGUUCCAGUGGCUCCAUCGUCAUCACCCCUCCUCCCCCAGCCGUGACCUCAGCACCAACAUCACCGCCACCUGCAGUGAACUGUACCAGUAAUGGAAACAGUUCAAGCAGUGAUAACUGUACAACUGCUCCUCCCGCAACAGUAGGUCCAAUUACUACACCCCAUUAUGCAUUAGAUGAGAACUGCACCGACAGCAUCAUAAAGAGCCAAAAGUACAACUGUGAUGGUUUCAAUGAAACGGCAAGAAAUGAUACCUGGUUCUUCGUGUCAAAUUACACAUAUUUCGUGAACGAGAAUAAAACGAUUAUUUUGGAGACGUUCGUUGACUUGGUUGGUGAAUGGAACUGUCUGAAUUAUGAAGUUCUCACUUGGAUUGGUAGACAUUUUGUGAGGGAGAAUGUGUCUCUUGAUGUCACGUUGUGUCCAGAUCCGUUACCAACCAGAGCACCUACAGACCCUCCCUCGUCUACCACACCUCCAAUAACUGAGACUCCAACUACUCGUCCACCCUAUGUGCUCCAAACCAGAGAGCCCUAUGCCAUCUGGUGGUAUGCCCAACGUGGUGUAUACACCAUAACACUGAAUGUCUCUAACCCUGUUCACUGGGUGGUGGUCUCAAAGACUGUAGUCAUUCAGAGAAGCGUUGAAGAUCUUGUGUUGUCUGAUCAUGGUCCACGAUCAAGAAAUACCACUAUUGAGUUUGAGCUGAACGCAGGAAACGUAGGCACGGAUGUCUGCUACUUUGUGGAUUUCAAAGAUGUCACGUCAGACUUUAAUAACCUUGCUUUCUGGGGCCAUCGGCCGACCUGUGAGGCGCGCUACCCUCUAGAGUUCAAAGACGAGUUCCUACGCUUUGAGGAAGUGAGCAAUGUUUACCUGGAAGGUCUACUGUUCAGUGGACAAGAUCCAAAUGUCACACUCACCAACGUUUUCCAGACUGUAAAUAGAUAUCGCAUCUCGGUUGUUGCUCACAACAUGGUUUCCUCUCAAACUGUUUCUAUACCAACUGCCGUAACCAAGGCUCCUUGUUACUACCCUGAAGUGGAUGUUGCUGAACAGAAUGGUUGCAAUCAAUAUUAUCCCUUCUGUGAUGAUGAUGGUAACAGGGAGUACUACGCAUCUAAGGAUGUAACCGUCUAUGCUAGGGUGAAAAUCAACUGCACAUCCGUCAAGUAUGCCUUCUACACCUGGCAGGCUUAUGAAGUCGCUGAUGAUGGAAGUGAGACAGAGAUCUAUGAUCUAGGGGACUCUGUCAUGUCAGGAUACACCCAAAGAGAAUUAGCCAUCAAGAAGUUUGUCCUUCCGUAUGGACUCUAUGCCUUCCAACUCAACGUGUCUAUGUACGGUGAACGUGGUGUGGAGACUUUGGAUAGGACCAAAUUACGUGUCAAAGCUACUCCUCUUAUUGCUAAAAUCACUGGAGGAUCAGAGAUUCGUGUCCGAUGGAAUGACAAGAUCUACAUGGAUGGGCUUGCAGAGACUAUAGACCCUGACGUAGAUCCAAGCGAUAAGAGCGGUAUCCGCUAUGUCUGGAUUUGUAGAAGAGAACAUGAGGCUUUCCAGGAAUGGAACGAGGAUUAUACCACACUACUCAAUGAUGGCUAUAAUGCCAAAGAUCCCUACAUUGUAGAACCUAAUGACUAUGGAGGCUGCUUUGGUCGAUUCGGAUUUGACAAAGGAGGAAUUGGAAGUAUACUUAACUUCACCGAGGGAUCUUUCACACUCGACACCUUCUACAUGCAUGAAAACAUGACCUACUUUCUCAAGCUGAUUGCCUUCAAAGGAGACCGUAUGGCCAUUGCCACUCAGGAGAUGCAAGUCGCUAGCGGCAACCCACCCAAGAUGGCCAUCGCUUGCCGUACGAACUGCAAGACCAAGUUGAACCCAACAAGUCGCUUUGCUCUGGAGUCUGCAGACUUAGAUGCAAGGAAAGGACAAAUCUUGUACUAUCGAUGGGAGAUCUUCAAGCAAGUAUACAAUCCUGUGUUGCUUGAAAAUGAGUUUGUCAUCGUUCCUAAGACUCAAUGGCUUCAGUUCGCUGGUACAGGAGAUUCCAACACAAACAUCGCUAUUGAUGCAGGUCCCUUUGAGGACCAGUCUACCUACAGAAUACGAGUCUAUGCUGCCAGAACGCCUUCGCUACAGAACUAUGGUCUGGCCUCGUAUGAUUUCAUCACUAAUGAGCGACCGAUUGUUGGUAACUGCUCUGCUGUACCUCCCAAUGGUACAGCCCUGGAAACCGAAUUCAACAUCGAAUGUCAGGACUGGACCGAUCCAGACAUGCCUCUCAACUAUCGCUACGCCCAAAGGCUACAGGAGUCAGAAUCUUGGACCUGGCUAUACAACGGGGAGAGAGCAUUUAUGGACACGCCUACAGUGUUUCCUCAAGGCUACGAAGAGAACAACUUCCAGGUGUUCUUACUGGUUCGGGUCACGGACUACAUAGGAUCCUUUUCUGAUUUGCUCUUGACAGUAGAGGUUCGUCCUCCGAGUGUGAGUAAUGCAGAACAGAUGGAGAUGAUGCAGAAUAUGACGGGUGAUGAUGGCGUCAUGUCAGCGGCCAUUGCUAACGGGGAUACCUCCACCGCAGCCAACAUUAUCGCAGCUUGCUCUGGUAUGCUCAACGUUGCUGCUUCUACACCCUCAGCAUCAACAUCCACGGAGAUGCCGACUUUCAGUACUGAGAGCCCUCUGCGGAGAAGAAGCGCAUAUACAGUUGCCAUGACAACCUUUGGUGCAGAUGUUGGUGAUAUGACACCUGAGGAGCAGGAAGCAGCGGAAGCAGCAGCCCAGACUGAACUGGAUUCCCAAGCACAGCAGGAGUCUGAACAGAGACAAGGGAUGCGAGAUAGCAUGGUAGUAGCGAUGUCUCUGGCCAUACCAAACACAGUAGGAGCGAUGAAGCAACUCUCAUCUGCCAUGGUAACAGCAACCUCCUCUACAGGAGAAGUCUCUACCUCUGCAGCUCAAGACACUCUGGCGACAAGCACUCAGUUCAUGGGUCUAUUAUCUGAGAAAUCUGAUGAAUCUGGGGCUGAUGAAGUGGAGGAAAGUAGUAAUGGCAUCCUCAAUAUGAUUGGUAAUGCUAUGAGUGGAGCCCAGGCUAAAGUAGCGAGAACUAAAGCUGCAGCAUCCGCUGUCACCAGUCAGCUUGACGUCCUGUAUGCCACCGGUAUGCCUGAUCUGGAUGACAUGGAGGCCGAUUAUUACUCCUCUGACUCAUCUGAUCUGGAGGCACAAGCUUUUGCUGCGGCGGCUGAAGUAGAAGCCAUGAACCAACUGAGUCGAGAUAUGAGCUCUCAGAUGAAUAGCGUUGUAGAUAACAUGAUGGGCACCAUCAAUGGAGGUAUGGUGACCGGUCAAGCUCCUGUGGCCAUAGCUUCUCCUGCGGUCAACAUCACAAUGGACAAGGCCUUCACUGCCAACAUGGAUAACAAGCAAUAUGGAGCACAAUGUGGAUCUGGAUUCAAGCUCCCGAUGGCUGCCACCCUGUUUGGCAGUGGGAACGGCACCGCCUCAGCUGUGGACGCUCAGUCACUGAUGGAGAAGACCAACUCCAAGACCUGGUCCAACAAUUCCAACACGGUCCAGGGUGAGACCGCAGCCCUGUCCUUCACGAACGCUACAGGAGGGAAGCUGGAGAUCCGAGACCUAGCUGAACCUAUUGAGGUCUGGAUCCAGAGAGAUGAAGACCAGAUUGAUGUCAAUAGUCUGGUCACUAUCUUCAAUGUGACCAAGCCCAGGAAUGAGAGGAUGCUCUCUCAUGUUCUUAUGGCCCCUGGACAUGCUGCUCUGCACAUCGAAGCCAUCCCUUUGAACUGGAACGGAACCAAGGCAGACAAUGUGACCCUACAGCUCUUCAUCAGGAUGGGAAGACCGCCCUCUAUUGAUAUCUAUGAUUUCAACUGCACCCUGCCGCACCCAAUCCCAUAUCUUGGUAACGGGACAGAGUGUGGAGAGCUGGAUUAUCCCGACCCUGAUGUGUGCUUCCUCAGUAAUACUAUCAUAGACAGUUACUUCAAUGGAUCCAUGGCUGAAGUCUACGUCGGUGUCAAAUCGAUCGGUGGAGCCAAUGAGAGUUCGAUUAGUGAAUACCUGGGAUCUGAUGCUGAUAUCGACACAGCGUUCUGGCCUGUCCAUUACCGUAUCCGACCUUUCACCUCCAAGUGUCAGUUCUACGAUGAGGAGACUGAUGAUUGGGGCACUGAUGGCUGUGAGGUUGGACCGAAUUCUCGGUUACUGAAUACCCAGUGUUUCUGCACUCACUUGACCGCCUUCGGUGGAGGCUUCGAGGUUCCUAUGAACUCCAUUGACCUGUCACAGUCAGCCUUUUCUAAGCUCAAUGAGAAUCCAGUUGUCUUUGUCUUCAUGGUGUGCAUGUUUGCAGUCUAUCUCACCGUCGUGCUCUGGGCUUACAAGAAAGACCAGAGAGAUUUGGUCAAGGCUGGUGCCACUCCACUGAUAGAUAAUGACCCUAGAGAUCAUUACAGCUAUGAAAUUACAGUCUUCACCGGAAUGCGCUCUGGAGCUUCUACCACCGCCAAGGUGUCCCUGAUUAUAACCGGUGAGGCCGAGGAGUCUCGACCCCGCCUCCUCAUCGAUCCCAAACGACGUACCUUCCAGCGAGGAGGCAUUGAUUCCUUCAUCAUGUCUGCACCCCGUCACCUUGGUAACCUAUUGCAUCUGCGUAUCUGGCAUGACAACAGCGGCAAGUAUCCGUCCUGGGCCCUGAGUAGACUGGUCAUCAAGGAUCUAGAGACCAGUAAGAUGUACUUCUUCAUGUGUGAUCGCUGGCUAGCUGUGGAGGAAGAUGACGGGCAGAUUGAGCGUGUGAUCCCCAUCGCAGGAAAGAGCGAGCUGACUGGUUUUGGUUACCUGUUCUACAGCAAGACCCGUCGUAACCUCACCGAUGGUCAUCUAUGGUUCUCAGUGUUUGCUCGUCCUGCCCGUAGCACCUUCACGCGCUGCCAACGUGCCUUGUGCUGUCUCUCGCUUCUCUUCUCAAGCAUGAUGGCCAACAUCUUCUUCUAUGGCAUUGACGUGACCAGUGGCUCAGGUGGUGGCAUUGCUGUUGGUCCUAUCACAAUCUCUAUUGCUGAGAUUACAGUGGGUGUGAUCAGCUCCCUCAUGGUGUUUGCUAAUCUCAUCGUGGUGCAGAUGUUCCGCCUCUCUAAGCCUCCUCCAGAUCAGAUUAACUGGUGGUGGAGGAGAAAGAGGAAGCCAGUUGUUGAAGACCAGAAAACUCAAGAAGAAAUUGAGCAGGAUAAGAGAGACAAAAUGGAUGACAAAGCGGAGGAUGAGUUAGGAAGACAGCUUGACUUCCUCAACACGGGAGAUGAUUCUAAGAGAUUGCUCAAGUCGGCCAGGAGUCGCACCAUCCGAUUCCAGGAGGAUAACAAAGACAAGGAGGAAGAAGAGAAAGCCAAAGCAGAGGAAGAUGGAGAAAAGAAAAAUAAUGGGAUCAAGACAGAUGAUGGCUUCCAUCUUGUCGCCGGCCUCAAGAAAACUGAGGAGAAGAAGAAGAAGAAAGAAAAGUUUGCGUUACCAUGGCAAUGCGCAUUGAUCGGCUGGAUUGUCGGUUAUGGGUCAGUGGGCGUGGCUUUCUGGUUGACCGUUGAGGUGGCUGGAGGAUUUGGACCAGAGAAGGCCACUGAAUGGCUCAAGUCCAUCUGUUUCUCUCUUUUCCAAGAUAUUCUCAUCUCGCAGCCUAUAAAGGUGCUGUGCUUGGCGACAUUCUUUGCCUUGGUGAUCAAGAAACCAGACAAGGAGGACGAGUCCAAGUCUCCAGCUCUGAAGGAGGAUGAGGAGUUCAUCCAUGAGAGGUUGACGGAGGAUGAGCUGAAGGAUCCAGAGAAGCUAGCUCAGCUGGAGCAGCAGAAGCUUGCUUGUCCUGUGAAGCCUCCCGAUGAAGAUACCUUGGGGGAGAUGAGAGAAACAAGAUUCAAGGAAUUACAAAUGAUGGAUAUCUUGAAAGAGAUCUCUGUGUACAUGUUCUACCUGUACAUCAUGUUCCUCAUCUCCUAUGGAAGUCGUGAUCAGAACAGCUAUGGUGUCCUUCAGUCCAUCACCAACACAUUCAGUGGGGCCCAAUACCACGGCAUUCGUACCCUUGAUAAUGUUGCUAGUAGAGAAAAUGCCUGGCAGUAUCUUGAGGAGACCUUGGUGCCAUCCCUGUAUCCUGGGAACCAUUACAACGGCCAGCCUGACCUGCCUCACACCCAGCAGAAGUUCAUCACAGACAGAGCUCAUGUACUCCUGGGUACAGCCCGUCUCCGACAAGUCCGUGUGUAUGCAGAUUCUUGCAAGGUUGAAGAGAUCAUGAAGGUAGCCAUCAACCAUUGCACUGAUGAAUACUCGGCUGCAGAUGAUGAUGAAGAUAGCUACCAUCCAGGAUGGCUACCAGUCAACUACAGUGACACUAUGAAUCUGCCAAACUGGGACAGCGAUCGCUAUGCCUCUCCAUGGAAGUACAGAGGCUGGCUUGAGCUUGACUCGUACCCUGCUAUGGCUGAACAGUACGUCUACUACGGGGGAGGGUUUACCAUCGAGUUGGGCAACAACCAAGAGAACGACAUGGCCAUGUUAUCUUACCUUCAGGAUCUCAAGUGGAUUGACCAGCAGACCAGAGCUGUAUUCAUGGAGUUUACACUCUACAAUCCUACCACCAACAUACAUGUCCUGAGCCUCUGUGUGAUUGAGUUCUCACCAACAGGAGGUGCAUUGCCAUAUAGCAAGUUCCAGACCAUGACGCUUGACCAUUACUACGGUCCGUUUGCUUACGUGGUGAUGGCCGGUGAGGUCAUCUUCGUGAUCCUCCAGGUCUAUUACACCAUCAGAGAAUUCCGCAAGAUCAAGAAAGAGAAGAAGGCUUACUUCAAGAGUCCCUGGAAUAUCAUUGAGGUGGUCUCAAUUGGUUUUGCUACUGGUGCUCUGACAUCCUACUUCUACAGACUCCUUCAAGCUAACAGCCUCAUGAACGACAUCAGAGAGAACAUUACCACCUUCAACAACUUCCAAUACCUCGCUAUGUGGGAUGAUGUUUACACUACCAUGGUGGGUCUGCUGCUCUUCAUAGCUACAAUCAAGUUCAUACGCCUCUUGAGGUUCAAUAAGAACAUGCUUCUACUCACUGAUACUCUCACGGUGUUUGGUUAUGAGUUGGCGCUCUUCAUGAUCAUGUUUUUCGUGAUCUACCUUGGCUUUAGUUCGUUUGCUUUCCUGGUCUUCUACAAGCUUCGGGAUUACUCCUCUUUCCUCAGAACCUUAGAGUCUCUCUUUGGCACCCUGCUCGGCAAGUUUGACUUUGUUGCUAUGUUGGAGGUGGAUCGGUAUCUGGGACCUCUCUUCUUCUUCCUCUACGUUGUGAUUGUCAUGUGGAUCAUGAUCAACAUGUUACUGGCCAUCGUCAACGAGUCCUUCGCUCUCGUCAAGGCCACCAAUUUGGAUAAGAAGAACCAGCUGGAGAUCGUUGACUUCAUGGUAGAUCGCUUUAAGAAGUUUACCGGUAUCAACAAGAAGCGUACCGACGACAGGCCAGUCAAGAAGCAGGAGUAUAUCGAAGGCAAGGAACAGAUCCAAGUUGAAUGUGACGGUCUCAAGUUCCGACUGGACGAGAUGGUUGGUAAACUCAACGAGUUCAUCAAGGUGGAGAAGAGAAGUGACAAGGAACUCUUCAGCAAGGAGAUCGAAGAAGAUGACAAACCUAGAGUCAUCUAUCUUGGUUAAAUCAUUACCUUUCAAAACAAUUAAAUUUAUCUAUUCAGUCCAUUCGACUUUCAUCAUUCCAU